GCUAUCGAUGUCAGUUUGAAUGGCUUGCAUGGCCUGGAAGUGCCAGCUCGUCGCGCUAUUCAUCAGCUUGAGGCCACGAUUCGCUUUAUCAAUAUCUCUACCAACUUACCGACCGACUUGAUCGGACUUUCUCAGCUUAUCGGUGAACCAAUGCAAGUUGAUGACGCUACUUUGGCUGCUCUGGCAUCACUACCACCCGCCUCAGCCUGUGAGCUACGGCUCGACUUUCUACAACGUUUUCUUAGCUUAGAAGAACUAGGGACUGCCUCUAAUGCCACUGCUGGAGCUAGUGGAGCAGGUGUUGGCCCCGGGGCAUCGUCUGCUUCAGGGCCCACGGCCAAUCAGUCUGCUGGUUCGUCAAGUGGUUCUUUGUCGGCAUCUGCGGCCGCAGCAACCUCUGCCGUUGCAGCAGUGACUUCAGUGCCCGGUGGUGCAUCUUUUGGAACUGGUCAGGUCGUGGUUGGCGUCCUAAUGACCCUCGAAGUCAUCCGAAACUCUCCGGCUUCUCUGUUACUUAAUAUACGCUUCAUUAGCCGUGGCAUUAUCAAUCUCCUAUCGCGACAUCUUUCAAAUUUGAGGUUAAUGCGGGCUUGUGCCGGCUUCUUGCGAGGCCUUCUUAAUAGGUUUCCUGCGGAUGCAUCACCGCGCCAGAAGCUUACCACUCAGCCUGAGCUCGUCGAGAUAUACACAACUUGGCUGAAAGUCAUUCAAGAGGCUUUCAAUCUUCCUGGGGAUGGGUAA